GUCAGUUCAUAUUACUGACUGGUAAACUGAUUAGAUAUUGAAAUCAUCAUCUUUAUGAACGCUGUGAAAGUAAAUCUAUCCUCUGUUCCUUGUCGUAAAUACCACUUUGAUCGGCUUGAGCCCAGGUGUAACAUAUUGGUGUAGCAUCACGUGGUAGGUAGACAUGUUGAUGCUGUAUCCUGGGUUGCCAUGUUAACUCUCGUUAUUCGAAACACACAUCACAGGGGGAUUUUUGUCGUUUGGGACAGCACAGCCAUAUAUGUCAAAUUGGCGACAAUUUUCACGAUAGGUUGACGGUAAAAAUUGUGCUCAAACCACUUCUGUAGAGUUGCCAAUGCAUCCGCAUUUAUGUCUCGCAUAAAUGUUCUAUGCACUCGUUUCCAAACUCAUUUUGAAGACUAUUGAACGCAGUGUACAUUAUAAGGUGUAAGAGGUCGCGCGAGGAUAUACAAUUUGGGAAUAUUCAUCUUUUCUUUUUUUUUCGUCGAGCCCACGCUUAAAGCACGAGGGCGCAUAAUUGCAGGUGCAGGCCGGCACAGCCGUGGCCGCCUUCACUGAGGUGUUCAUGGGAGGGCUGGGUGUCGUGGGCGUGUUCCAGCGCUGGAUCACGCCUCUCACCAUGACUCCCGCCAUCGCGCUCAUCGGCCUCUCCAACAUCUCGGCCGCCACACAGCCCGCGAGCACGAGCUGGACCAUAGCCGCGAUCACCGCGGCGCUUAUCACGCUCUUGUCGCACUACCUAACACCCUGCCGACCAUCUUCAGAAAUGGCGGUCGUGAAGAGGCUGAACGACUGCAUAACGUUCUUUUCCAUCCUUCCGAUCUUCGUCACCGUAGCCAUCGUAUGGCUUGUCUGUCACUUUUUGACGGUGCACAACCUUUUCCCGCAAGAUCACGCCGGUCGCACAGACCAGAUGACAAGCCUCAUAAGCAAUACGACGUGGUUCCGUGUUCCGUACCCAUUCCAGUGGGGCGCCCCUACGGCUGGCUGGGAGUCAAUGGUGGCCAUGGCGUUCGUGAGCCUGAUCACCAUGAUGGAGACGGUGUGCGACUACUACGCGUACGCGGUGGUCGCCGGCCUGCCUCCGCCGCCACCGCGUGCCAUCAAUCGCGGAAUCUUCAUCGAGGGCCUGGGAUGCCUGUUGGCGGGCUGCUUCGGCUCCGGCGUUCUUUGCGGCUCGCAGGACUUGAACCUCGGCCUGAUUGCCCUAACCAGGUGUGCCAGCCUACGCGUGGUCCAGAUGGCAGCCGUGAUCAUGAUCGUGUUCGGGCUGAUCACCAAGGAGAGCGUGUUCAUGCUCAGCGUCCCCACGCCCAUCGUCGGCGGGCUGCUGCUCGUCCUCCUCUCGGUCCUGACGGGCGUAGGACUGGCGCACCUGCGUUACGUGGACUUGACCUCGUCGCGCAACGUGUUCAUCGUGGGCGUCUCCCUCGCCUCGGGCAUUGUUAUACCAAUGCACGUUGGACCCGCGUGCGAGUUCGCCAUGACCCAGGGCAACGGGUAA